AUUGCAUCUCCAUAGUAUAAAUCUCUCCGAAUCUGGGCUCACAAACACUCUCCAAUUCUCCAUCCAUCCAUUCUCUCUCCCCCUCUCUCUCCUCUGAGUCCUCUCUCUAAAAUGGCAUCCAGCACCAACACCAUAGCUUCAGACCUUCUCCCGAUCCUCAGGGUUUACCAAGACGGCACGGUCGAACGCUUUCUAGACUCGCCCUUUGUGCCACCAUCGCCCGACGACCCAACCACCGGCAUCUCAUCGAAAGACACCACCAUCUCACCACUCGUCUCCGCUCGCCUCUACCUCCCGAAACCCUCAGCCCUCACCCACCAAAGAAAACUCCCCGUCUUAGUCUACUUCCACGGCGGAGGCUUCUGCAUCGGGUCCGCCUUCUCCUCCCUGUGCCACGACUACAUGAAUUCCUUAGUCUCUCAAGCGAAAGUCAUAGCCGUAUCGGUCGAGUACAGGUUAGCCCCGGAGCACCCUCUGCCGGCGGCUUACGAGGAUUCGUGGACCGCUCUCCAAUGGGUUGCAUCACAUUCACUUAAAGACACCGUCGAUAAAGACCCAUGGUUGACCGAAAGCGGCGAUUUUGAUAGAGUCUAUAUAGGUGGUGAUAGCGCUGGAGCUAAUAUUGCACACAACAUAGCCAUCCGAGCAGGUAUGGAGGGCUUGUUUGGAGGAGUUCAAAUUUUGGGAGCUUUUCUUUCUCAACCAUACUUCUGGGGCUCAAACCCAAUUGGGUCUGAGUUAGUUUUAGGUCAUGAGCAGAAUCUCUUGUACCGGAUGUGGACGCUUGGGUACCCCUCUGCGCCAGGAGGCAUCGAUCACCCGAUGAUCAAUCCGUUCGCGCAUGAUGCCCCGAGCCUGUCGGGGAUCGGGUGUUCUCGGCUGCUCGUUUGCGUGGCGGAAAUGGAUGAGCUGAGGGAGAGAGGAGUUCGUUACGCCAAGGCGGUGAGAGAAAGCGGGUGGGGUGGAGAAUUGGAGUUGUUUGAGGUGCUAGGAGAGGGUCAUUGCUUCCAUGUAGGAAAUCUUGGAUCUGAUAGUGGGAAGAAUAUGGUGAAUCGUUUGGCUUCUUUUCUUCAGUAGAUUCCUUUUCUUGUUUGUGGUGUUGUUCAUGAAUUGGAUUCAAGUAUUCACAAGAAAAUUGUAUGCUGCA